AUGUCAGACGAUCCUAACUUCGACCACGACGCCGCCAUGAGGGAGGCAAUGGGGUUCAGCAGCUUCGCUGUGCGCCGCCCAAAAGAUGAUUCUUUUCCUACACAACCUGAUUUACGCGACCAGCCUCAGGAGCACAACGAGGACAUGAUGACUGCAUCCACUCGAGGGUCAUUCAAUACUUACUCUGGCACUGAGAAUCCUUCAAGGGACUCACUUUCAGUGCACGAAUCUGCACCCAGAUCUCCAGAAAUCGUCUUCACUUCAAGUGCCACUAAUACAAAUUACACCAAGGCUGAGUUGGAUGUAUGGGCUCGUGGCAAGAGGAAUUUGAACGGCGACUUGGUCUUUUUUAAGCCGGGUUUCAUUUCGGAGGAUCCCUGGAGCAGACUUCGUGACAAAACUGAGAAUAGCGCUUGA